CAUUCUCUCGAGUGCGCACAUAAACGCGCGUGCGCUUGUAUUCGCGCGAAUAUAUUCUACGCAGGAUAGUGUUAUGCACGAAAUUAAUAGUCGACGAUGCAUUGUGCAGAUAGAAUGGCAACUGCGCUCCCGCGGGGGUGUUGCGUAAGAAAGAAACGAGCUAUCCACAGUUGAUUCUCCGCGGGACAUUUUCGCGAAAUAGGGAGGAAGUGCGGUCGUAACGUCUGAUUUUCAUUCUCUCCUCAUGCUAAUAAUUCACCAACGUGGAUUUUCAGCGGUUCACUUAUCCGCCCGUUCGCAUUAUCUUAUCUACUUGUUGCGCUCGUCGCAAACUUCCUCAAUGUAAAUUGUUUUCAUUAACGACUGGCAGGUGUGUUAUGCUUCAUCCUCCUUCACCCCCAAUAAGCUUCUCGCUGCGUUGCUUCGUACUUACGGCAGGAAUUUACACGCGAAACUGGAGGUACUCAAAUCAUCUCAAAAUGAAGAAGAAAUAAUGAAAUGCUCGACGAAAAUAUGAUGAUGAUGGUAAUAGCGAAUGACGUUCUGAAUACAAGCAGAAGCCCCGUGAUAGAGGAAUACGACGACGUCGAUGAUGUUUACGUACCGUAUGAUCAACGACCCGAAACUUACAUCGUGCCCAUAGUGUUUUCAAUAAUCUUGGUCGUGGGUGUCACGGGAAACGGCACCUUGAUUCUCAUUUUACUAUGCCAUGCAAAUAUGAGAAAUGUGCCGAACAUUUAUGUGCUAUCUUUGGCCUUGGGCGAUCUAUUGUUGAUCGUGACCUGUGUACCUUUCACGUCUAUCCUUUACACGCUUGAGUCGUGGCCAUGGGGCUUGUCUAUCUGCAAACUGUCCGAAUACGUUAAGGAUAUCUCGAUCGGUGUGUCGGUAUUUACUCUAGCAGCUUUGGCAGCCGAAAGAUACUGCGCCAUCGUGAACCCCAUUCGACGCCAUGUGGCGGGUUUGAGCGCGAAACCGCUAACCGUUUUAACGGCAUCUCUUAUCUGGGUACUAGCAAUUGUCUUAGCUCUGCCCGCCGUACUCUUCUCUCACGUGCCGACUAUACCAUUGGGAGAAAACCACAGCAUUCUAAUCUGCAGCCCUUUCCCCGAAGAAUUCGGAGACGGGUACCAGAAGGGCAUAGUAAUGUUCAAGUUCUUGGCGUAUUACGCGAUACCUCUGUGCGUAAUAGCCGGUUUCUAUCUAGGCAUGGCACGUCAUCUAAUAUUGUCUACCAGGAACAUGCCAGGUGAACUUCCCGGCUGCGAACAGAUAAGGGCGCGCAGGAGGGUGGGCAAAAUGGUGUUGUCCUUCAUAAUCGUUUUCGUGAUUUGCUUUCUGCCAUACCACGUGUUCAUGCUAUGGUUUCACUUCUGGCCUUCGUCGCGGGAUGAUUAUAACAUUUUCUGGCAUGUAUUCAGGAUAGUCGGCUUCUGCCUCAGUUUCAGCAACAGCUGCGUGAAUCCGAUAGCUCUCUAUUUCAUCAGCGGCACAUUUCGUCAAAGAUUCAAUAAAUAUUUGUGCUAUUGUCUACCGGGUGGUUGCGCUGUCUGCGGCGGUAGACGCUUGGAAAGGGGCGGAACUCACGGAGAUACUGGUUUUUCGCAAAGAAGUCGCGGCAUACGGGGUACGUUUUAUGAGACCAGUUUCGGUUCCACUUUCCGCAGACACACUCAAGAAUCGACCGGGGUAUUCGAGAUGGCCAGCAUAGAAAAGGCUAAAUCUACCCCGUGCGAUCGGAGGUUGCUGGCGGAAUAAUCUCGAGGGUUAUAAACAGGGCAUGGAUGCUGAUGUAAAUUGCAGCAUGAAUGCAGUCUCGAUGAACCGUCAUUGCCGAUAAUGAUGGACUAAAGCGGAUGCGAAACGCUUCGUUGGAAUGGUAUGCGUAUUGUAUAACGUCAAAGCUGCGAGCCACGAAUUACGGUUGUAUGAAAGAAAUGCGAUGACAAGUCUCGCAGGUAAUCCUUAUUCGGGUAUUAGGCGGCUAAUGCGACGACAGUUGCGAAACUUAUAUAAGUGUCCGCUUAUAAUCACUUUGCUUGAAGUACCGAUUUAAAAUGAUGCGUAUACGACAUUUUUCACUCUACGGUACGACUACACGGGUCGACUAUAUACAGGCAAUCUCUUUCAUAUGUUAGACAUUUUUUUUUUAUAAACUCAAAUUGUGUGUGUGCGACUUCUUUAUUCCUCGAUGGUACUUUCGUGUAAUUUAUGUUAUCGAAUCUUUAUGCAGAGAUUUAUUAUUUAAGUGGGCGAAG